GCAUGGUCACGUUUGCUGUUGCCACCACCGAGCGCAGCCGCUGCAAGGUGGUGCCUCACACACAGCAGCCGGCGACGACACUUGCGGAGUUUUGCAACGAACGCUGCGGCGACAUUGUGCAAGCCACGUUGCUCGAGCCCGUCGUCGCGUCGACACACGGCUUUGUCCAUGGCGUCCUUGAAGCGUACUGUGAGCACCACGACCUCGUCCUUCGACCGGACGAUCUUUGGCUCGCCAUCAUGACGCAAUUUGGUUUGUUUGUCAAUGGGAACGCCAACGACCUUCGACAUGCGCUUGUGACGCACGACGGCUCCAAGGAGCUCGUGGUCGAGGCUAUCGGCACGCUGUACUCGGUCAACUUUGGUGCGCUCUCGACUCGCAUGGUCACUCACAUGGAAGCGCACCUCGUCGACCCGAAUCUCAAAGACUGGAUCCUCCCGUCCUUCUCAACAACGACAACGCAUGACGUGAUCGUCGGUAGCGUCGUGCUCAUGGCCACGAUGAAGUCGUUCUUCUCCUACAAGUACGUGCUCCGGUGUGGCAUUCCUAAUGUGACGCUGCUCGGUACAGUUCGUGACUGGGAGGACGUGCGGCGCCGUCUCGAGAAGCUCGGGACCUUUGGUCCGCGUUUGGCGCGCUGGGCGAGCAUGCUUCGUCGCAUCGUUGAUCAGUGCAUCGUGGCGGCGCAAGGCACGCCGGACACGGACUUUUGGAAUCGCAUUUGCACCAAAAUCCCAGGCGGGUCGGGGCCGACGUACAUCACGGGGUGGAUCAGCGCGUUUUGCGUCUUUGACCGCGACGGGCAGUGGCAAGCCGACAAGAAGCCGGCGCGAUAUAGCGACGACGAGUUGUACGACUAUCCUUAUGUCGACACGGAGGACAUUCCACCGGGCUACCUCACGGUGGACGCGAUUAUCGAUGACAAUGGUGUUGUGCACAAGGCGUUUCUCUUUGCGGGCCACAUGGCGUAUCGCGUUGGCGACGAUGAAACCUCGAUCGCGCCUGUGCUUUCCUGGGCGAUUGCCCUCAAGAACGGACCACCGCCACCGACCUCCGAGAAGGUAUCGCGCCGGGGGUAGCUGUGCCGUAUGACGGCACGGGGUGGGAAGAACGCCGACCGUCGACUUUGCGAUUUCCGCUUGCAACUCGAUACAAUGCGUCGCCGUAUGUGAGGUGGCAUUCCCUUGGCAGCGCCUAUCCACACCGGACAACCGACUUGUAGACUUCAAUUUUGUACAAAAAUGUCACGUACUUUCACGUUGU